AUGCAUCCGUAGGAAUUAAAGGAAAAACUUACCUAUAUCUAGGAUGGCUAUAUAAGAAGCACCCUUGGAAAUUUCGGUCACAUAACAUAUGGAUCAACAAUUUUGGGUAAACUUCAUUAUCCCAAAUCAAAUAGAAAAGGAUGCGAGGAGUUUACAAGUGAUAAUUUCUCAAAUGAUCCAUUAUUUGAUGAUGAUACUGACAUGUCUCCGAUUUUAUUGGUCGAUAGAGGAGAUUGCCCAUUUGUCGUCAAAGUGAGAAACAUUGAAAAAGCUGGAGUUAAAUUAGCCAUUAUUAUUGACAAUAGUGAAGAAGCUACUGAGAAUUUAAUUAUGGCUGAUGACGGCAGAGGUUAUAGUAUUGGAAUCCCUUCAUAUAUGAUAAGAAAGAGAGAAGGAAACAUUAUCAAGGAUUCUAUAAUUAACAACCCAGCCAAGAGUGUUUACAUUAAAGCUGAAAUUGAAAUCAAUCAUCCAGAUAAUAGAGUUGAGUAUGAAUUAUGGUACUCUUCUAUUCUUGACCUUGAUUAUAUGGAACUCAAAGAAAUCGCUCUUUACUAACAAGCUUUAGGUGAAAAUGCACUAUUUACUCCUAGAAUAUUGACCUACUCAUGCAAAUAAUGUACUAAUGAUGAAACAUUCAACUAAUGUCUUAAUGACGGAACAUAUUGUCCUUAUUUACCUAAGGAAAAACCAGGCAGAGUUAAGGUUGAUGUCCCAUAAUUUGAAUUACUGUAUGAAUCAAUAAGAGAGAGGUGUAUUUAUGAAGAGCUGGUUAAGGAAAAAAAUGUUAAUCAAAAUUUCACUAGAUGGUUCAAUUACGCCCUUAACUUCAUUGAUUAAUGUGUAACAGCAAAUAGAUUCGGUGAGAAAUGCUCAAAGGAAGUGAUGACUGAUCUUGGUUUUAAUUUCGAUGAUGUAAUGGCAUGUCUUGGACUUAAUUCAUUCCAUUUCGGUUCACCAGAGAAGCAAGGGAAAUUCAAUAAAUUAUUGCAAGCUGAUAGGGAAGAUGCCGCAAAUCUCGGAGUAAUUCUUCAUCCUUAGAUCUCAAUAAAUAAUAUGACAUACAGAGGUGAUUUCAAUGGCUAUGAUAUUUUCAGAGCAAUUUGCUCUGGAUUCAAGGAAUAACCAAGAGUCUGCAAAGGUGACAAUGUCUUUGAGUACUUGCAAGAUGCUGACUAACAAUUCAAUUUUACUCAUAGGAGAACACUCGCGAAAGUAUAUCACAUCGUUGGUGCAAUUAUUCUUGUGCUUGCAGUUAAUCUUUGUGCGCUCUACCUCUAUAGAAGAUAUACAAAGAGACAAAUGAAUGAGGAAUUAGCAGACAAAGUAAACAGUGCUGUAAGUCAGUAUUUCAAACUAUCAGGGCAAGACAAUACUAGAGAUUGA